AUGGAUGGCCAGGCGGUGACUGUUGCUGCGAAACAGCCAUCGUUUACCUCGAAUGAGGAAGUGGACAUGCGCAGUGCCGUGGAUGAACACAUAAGUACGCGCGAGUACAUCCUGAAUAUCACGGAUGAGGCGCUUUGUGCUCUUCCAGUUGCAUACAUCGAAUCGUUUUAUUCAAAUUUAUCUCCCGGUGAGAUAAUGCAGUUGGAGCAAAGAUUAUGUGAUCUAAGAAAUUUGAUGUCAUAUGAACGUCAACACAUUGGACCGCUUCCUGUUGAAUGUGAAAAUUUCCUGAAAUCGUAUCAUCCACAGAUAUUCAUUAGCACAGCAGAUGGUUUCCGUAUUUGUAACAGACGCGGCAAUCAGAAUGGCCUAGACAUUCGGCAGCUUAUUUUAGCAGCUAAAAACGGGGAGUUUGACGCACUGGAUUCGAAUAACUUGCGACAGCUGCAACCGUUUUUAUCCAUCAUCGAAUUUCGGGUCUGUUUUGCAAAUAACCGUCUUUCAAACGAGGUUCUUAGCCUCGUCGAAUAG